AUGCGCUUCCUCUUCGUCUCGAACCCCGCCACGGGCCAGGUCAACCCGCUGCUCGCCAUCACUCGCGAGCUGCUCGAGCGCGGCCACUCUGUGCACUUUGCCAGUGCCGACCGGCUCGCCGCUUCCUUCUCCAACGUGGCCCGCCAAGCCCACGCCAGCGAGCGCGCCUUCUUCCACGGCGUCGGCGCCGGCCGCGCCCUCGAGGAUCUGACGGAGCUGAUCAAGGGCAAGCCCGAGCUCUUCCACAAAAGCAUUCGCCAUGCGCCCGGACAGCUGGCGCAGUAUCUCUCCUACGUCACCACGCUCGUCGACGAGGCGGCCGGACACGACGAGUACGCGCGUGUGGUCUUCAAGGUGCGCGACCUCUGUCUGCACGUCGACGCCGACAUGAUCAUCGUCGACAACUUCUCGCCGUUUGCGAUGGACGGCGUGCGCCUCAGUGGCAAGGAGUAUGUGCAGACGUCGCCGGCGGCCAGCUGUGCUGCGGCCUCUUUCGUCGACAUUCUGCGGCAUCCCAUCGGCCUCAGCGGCGCCGACUCUGGCAUGCGCCGCGCCGACGGCUCUCGUUCCUGGCUGCAGGCGCUCUUUCUCAUCUGGCGCAACGUCGCCUUUGCCUGUUCCUUCGUCUACUGGUGCAUGACGAGCGCCUACGCGCGCGAGAAGCGGCGGCAGCGGCGCGACGUGCUCGGCCUGGCGCCCGUCGACUUUCUCUGCGACAGCUACAUGACGCCGGCGCCGCACCUCGUUCCGCAGAUGCAAGCGGCCCUCUCGUUCAACGUCGCCGGCCUCGAUCUCUACGAGCCGCGCUGCUUCGACGCGAAGGUCUUCUUCGUCGGCCCGUGCUUCAUGCCCGGCACGGGUCCCAAGAGUGUCGUCGCGAGCUUCGAGCGCCCAGACGCAGUGAGCGAGUGGCUAGAUGCCUCCGAGGAGGUCAUCUACAUCAACAUGGGCUCCAUCUUCUACUUCACGCACCACGAGUACGAGGCGCUCAUCGAUGCUCUGCAUGCCGUCAGGGCGCAGCGUCCGCAGCUGCGCGCGCUCAUCAAGGUGCCCGAUCUGCCAAAGACGACGCAGAACGUGCCGUGCGCGAGUGAGCUGCCGCAAUGGAUCUGCCGCGAGAGCUGGAUCCCCUCCGUCGAGAACGUGCUGGCGCAUCCGGCGGUGCGCGUGGCCAUGCACCACGGCGGCGGCAACAGCUUCAACGAGGCGGUGGCGUACGGCAUGCCGCAGUUGAUCGUGUCUCAAUGGGGCGAGACGCAUGACAUCAUGGCCUACGGCGUGCACGCCGGCAUCGCCCUCGGCUCCCAGUGCGCUCCUCGUCUCGUCGCGGCGGAGCUCAGCGGCUCCAUGCUGCGUCUCCUCGUUGAGAACAAGGCGUUCCGCGAGCGAGCUCUGCGCUGGAAGCUGCGUUCGGAGCAGUCGGGAGGCACCAAUGCCGCUGUGAGCAUUCUCGAGUGA